AUGACAAAGAAAAACGAACAACAACAACAACAACAACAACAGCAGCAAACAAGCUCUGGCUCUGUUGGUAGUAAUGUUGUUAUAGUUCAUCAGACACAUCAAAAUGAUCUUCAGCAUCAACAAUCACCACAAAUUCUCAUGCCAACGAUGACUAAUUCAGCACCAAUGAUCAUCACAACACCGUUAGCCGUACCAUCGGGUCUCAUUGUUCCCCAUCAAACAACGACGCAACAGUUACCUACCACUCAAGUAAUACAAAACCAACAAACAACAACGACCGUUCAAACAACACAACAAGCAGCAACAACAACAGGAAAAACACCAAAAAAAUCAGCAGAAGAUCGACUUGUUUGUGGUCUAUGUAAUAAAAUUUAUCGAUCGUCCGCUGGUCUAAGAUACCAUAAACGAAAAAGACAUCGAGGUAUGCUAAAACCUACCCAGUUGCAUCGUGUUCGAUGUUUAGAAAAUGGUUGUGCUUACCAAAUGUUGGCAAUAAGUGACCUUAGAAACCAUUUGGCCAAUCAUCAUUUGAAACCAGAAUUUAAAACAACGGAAGAAAAGAAGUUUACGUCAUUUACAGAUUUUACGGAUUGGAAAUCAUCGUUUGAAAGUUUGACAGGUUCAAAAUACGUUAAAAACUGCGGUGCCAAAGGCAAAUCAGAAAAUCAGACAACUGAGUAUUAUUAUUGUAAUCGUACUGGUCCAUAUAAACAAACUCGUCAAGGUUGGAGACGUAAUUCGAAAGCAUUAGAUUCUCUUCGAUGUGGUAUUCAUUGUACAUCAUCGAUGAAAGUUGAAAUUGGUCGUAAUGAACAAAUAACGGUUCAAUAUUAUCCAGCACAUUACGGACAUACGUCAGAACCAGCUCUUCAAGCCCCAGCUACCGCAGCAAAUGGACAACAACAAACUACAGAAGUUAUGAAUCCACAACAAACUGCCAUGGUUGCCACCGAUCAAAUGCAACAACAGCUUCAACAACAACAAGUUCAAGUUCAACAGUCUCCAUCAGAUCAUUGUCAACGCUUACAACACGUACAUCAACCACAAACAUCUUCCAUUAUUAUUAAUAUUGCUCCUGUUAACACAACAAUUAUCAAUAAUAUAAACUCUACAUCAAAUACAAUAACAAUUAAUACAAAUGAUUAUAAUCAAAUUAAACAUCCACAUUUGGGCAUGAAUUCUGUUACGGUGAAAAAUAUUGUACAUGAAUGUAUUAAAGUUAAAGAUGAAAGGAUUCAAUAG